UGGAAUUAAUCACAUGACGCAUAACCAACUUGCAACUUCCUCUGCUGAUCUUGCUGAUAAUGGUCAAAAUGGCUUGCUUUGUCUUUGUGUUUCUUAUGAUUAUGAUCCUUUCUUCAUCAGCUUCAGUGAUACUAAGUACAUCGGGCAAUGCUACCUUGUGUUUGGGACAGACCCGACAACAAUUUUUGUGUGAAGUUGCCGGCCCUCUCCUUUUUUGGUCAUUUUCUGGGGCCAAUGGAGUUCCCUUCAGUAGUGGUGCAACCACUACCCGUUUCUUGUCACCAAAUAUCGAAGUGGAACUCCUUUCAAUAUGUUCAGAAGUGCCACUGAUUCGAUCUAUGGCUACCAUCACGAAGGUUACCAGGAAUAUGAAUGGUACAACUCUACAGUGCCGAAACAGUUCUUUUGUAACUGGAAGUAUUGGUGAAGAAGUUAAUUUCUAUGUACUAAGCAGUACUGCUGUCUCUCUAAUUUAUGUAACAACACUUGAAAGCAGCACUGGUCAAUUAACUAUUUAUGCUUCUUGGCCAUUGGCCACCUGUGCUGCAAUGUAUGGGGUCAGUAUCUCAAACAAUGAUGUAAAACAGACACAAGUGGUGGAAAGACCACAAUUUUUCUUCAACGUGACUAGUGGCACCUACAGAAUUGGAGUAAAUAGCAUCGACUACAAUGGCACGAUAGUAGAAGACCCUGUAUAUGCCACUAUUUCGAUUCACGUGCCGGAGUUUGAUGUGUCUGCAAGAUUUGUAUGUGUCAAUAAAACUUUCUUAUUUACAACUGAAAAGCUGGAGGAAGAGGACACUUCAGUGUUGUCAUCUAUAAUUUCGCAAAUUAGUAUUACUAAUCAAAAUAAUGAAAGUUACACUUACAAAGUAACAAUGAAGAAUCAGUUUGGGUCUUUGACCAAAUAUGGAGUUGUUGAUACUAGUAUAUGUAAUGACAUCAGCACAACAGUGCCUGCAUCUUCUCAAUCUAACAAUGCAAUAUAUGUUGCAUCUACUAUUACUUUCGCUCUACUCUUUUGUUCUGCUACUGUCUUUAUUCUAUUGGAAAGAUUACGUCGUUUUUGUCCUACUGCAUCUUUCUGGUCUUUUAUCUUUUGUGAUUGUUUGGCUAAAGGACAACAGAGAGCCAAGCCAAUUGAUGGAGAGGAUAAAAAGCAAACUGAUAUGUCGUCAAUGUGAAUUUGACAUGUGCAAACAUGCUGAUGCUUUGACAUGGUUAUGUCACAUAUUGCAUAACGUACAUGCAGUAAUAAUAAUUAUUAUAUGUCAAUUAGCAGUGUUAGAGGGUUUAUUAAAGCUUUUAGCUGUUUUAUGUCAUUGCUGCUCCUUGUGGUUUACAUAUUUUUCUUUAUUUUCAUUACACAGUAUUUUUGCUUCUAUAGAAAAUAUUAAAUUAUUAAAAUA